AUGUUGAUACUCACUAACGCAACUUGGCAGGACAUACUAUGCCUUGUUGGUCUCGGAGUGUAUCUGGUAAUGCAGGCGCCCACCAAGAAGAACCUUGCACCAUACCCACCUGGUCCCCCGGGGUUGCCUCUCGUUGGGAACGUCCUAGACGUGCCUCACAUCAAGCCCUGGCUCACAUUCGCUGAUUGGGGCAAGAAGUAUGGCGAUAUCUCGCAUAUCUCGGUCCUGGGUCAGCAUAUCAUUGUGGUGAACUCUGUCAAGAUCGCGAUGGACAUGCUGGACAAUAAAAGCGCUGUGUACUCUGGCCGUUCUGUUUUGCACAUGGCUGGCGAACUUGUUGGCUUGAAGCACGUUUUGGUUCUCCUCCUUUACGGUGAGCGUCUUCGUCGGUACCGCAAGCACUUCCACCGCGUCAUUGGCAGUCGCGCUGCAUUGGAUAUCUACAACCCGAUCGAGGAGGUUGAGACCCAUCGAUUCCUGAAGCGUGUACUUGCGAAACCCGACCAACUACAGGCACACAUUCGACACACCGCUGGCGCUAUCAUUCUACGCAUCUCUCAUGGUUAUGAAGUAGAGCAGAAUAAUGGUCCCUUCGUCGACCUUGCAGACCGCGCUCUGGACCAAUUCUCGCGGUGCACCACUCCCAGUGCAUUCAUGGUUGACAUCCUGCCAUUCUUGGCCAAUGUUCCCCAGUGGUUCCCUAGCGCUGGCUUCAAGCGCAUAGCCCGUGAAUGGCGCGAGACCGUCAAGGAGAUGGCUGCUGCACCCCUCAAGUCUGUGAAGGAUCAGAUGGCCGCUGGCAUCGCCCACAAGUCUUUUGCCUCGAGCCUAUUGGAAGGACGAACUUUGUCUGCGGAGGAGGAACACGUUGUGAAAUGGUCUGCUGCAUCUCUAUACGGUGGUGGUACCCACACGACUGUUUCUGCGACCUACUCGUUCUUCCUAGCUAUGACUCUUUACCCUGAUGUGCAGAAGAAGGCUCAGGCUGAAAUAGAUGCCGUUGUUGGUCCUGAUCGCCUUCCCUCUUUCGCCGACCGUGAGUCUCUCCCCUAUACUGAGGCGCUUGUGAAAGAAGUCCUACGCUGGAAUGCUGUUGUCCCUACUUGUGUCCCCCACCGCGUCACUGAGGACAAUAUCCAUGACGGAUACUACAUUCCAGAAGGUUCCUUGAUAAUACCUAACAUUUGGUUCAUGCUCAAUGACCCACGGACUUAUGCUAACCCCUCGCAAUUCGACCCUGAACGCUUUCUACCGAAGGAUGGAAAGGGGCCCGAGACUGAUCCUCGCACUAUCUGCUUCGGCUUUGGCAGACGUAUCUGCUCAGGUCUCAAUCUCGCUGAUGCGUCCGCCUGGAUAUCCACCGCGAUGUCACUUGCCGUGUUUGAUAUUUCCAAGGUCGUCGAGAACGGUGUUGAGAUCACCCCUGAGGUUGACCCCUCAUCAGGUACAAUCAGCCAUCCUAAACCCUUCAAGUACUCUAUUAAUGCUCGCUCUGCAAAAGCCCUUGAGCUCAUUCAGCAGGAUGCUAACUACUAAGUAUGUGACGAACAUCUAAAUUCCCUUUCAAAUUCGAGUGUAUGCUAUUUGUUUUGAAUACGCACCGUUCACUGGUGUUCGGUCAAGGUCAACGUACAUGAUACUCAAUUGGAUUAAAAGUGUAUAAAGGAUUGCUCACUCAGUUACGGGCAUAUGUAUUUAAUCUUGACUUCCGGACUCGUGCAAGUUUCGUUUCCAGUCGUACAAUCUUCGAAAUAGAUACUAAGUAGUAGGCUCGUGACCAGCCUGGC